UGCGAUAUACUACCUUUACCAUUUAAAUUUAACACCUUAACCACCUUCAUUGUUAUAUUUCUUAUCCACCUAAAACUGAUAUAUUCGGUUUAAAACCCUCUCAUUCAAAAUGGCACGCAAGUUCUUCGUUGGCGGCAACUUCAAGAUGAACGGGACCAUCUCGUCCAUCAAGGAGAUUGUCGACAAUUUGAACAAAGCCCAGCUGGACUCCAACGUUGAGACGGUCAUAGCCCCGCCGGCACUCUACCUUCUCCUCGUUCGCGAGCUGGCCAAGAAGGAAAUUGGUGUGGCUGCGCAAAAUGUCUACGACAAGCCCAACGGUGCCUUCACUGGGGAAAUAUCCGUCUCCCAGUUGAAGGAUAGCGGCAUCGACUGGGUCAUCCUUGGCCACUCCGAACGUCGCACUAUUCUAUCCGAGAGUGACGAGACUGUGGCCUCAAAGACCAAGUUUGCAACUGAAAAUGGUGUCAGUGUUAUUUGGUGCUGCGGCGAGUCCUUGGAACAACGAGAGGCUGGCAAGACCCUUGAGGUCAUUGCUGCCCAGCUCUCUGCCUUGAAGGCCCAGAUCUCGGAUUGGAGUAAGAUCGUUAUUGCUUAUGAGCCCAUCUGGGCCAUCGGGACUGGCAAGGUUGCCACGACCGCGCAAGCUCAAGAGGUUCACGCCUCCAUCCGCUCCUGGCUGGCCAAGGAAGUAAGCCAGAGUGUCGCAGAUGAGACCAGAAUCCUAUACGGGGGCAGUGUCAGCGAGAAAAACUGCAAAGAUCUUAGCAAGGAGAAGGACAUAGAUGGUUUCCUCGUCGGUGGAGCCAGUCUCAAGCCCGCUUUUGUCGACAUCAUCAACUCUAAAUCUUAGACGGAUAGAAAAAUAGGAUAAGAAAGGAAAAUGACCAGGAAAAUGAAAAGGGAACCACUUUCCACGUGAGGGAUGAUAUGAAAUAGAGCGACUUUACUUGGAUUAUGAACCCUACGUAUAUAGAACGCAGUGCGCAUAUGAACUAGUAUAGUCCGGAUAACAUAUGCUUGCUCAUAAAAAAAACCGACUGCGAACGUGUAUGCACAUACAAAUGGGCUGCCUAGGUGUUCUGGAACAUGCCCAUAAUUGAUGCGUCUGUGGCCAUGGAUGUU